AUGGCGUCGGCGGCCAUGCUCCGGUCCGCUGCCCGCUCGCUCCGGCUCCGGAAGCCCCUGGAGCCGGAGCGGUGCCUUCUGGCAAGGCGAUUCCUCAGCAGCAGCUCCGUACCCACCGAGAGACACACAUGUUCCCCCUCCUCGAAUAAGCCUUUGAAAGGCAUCAUGGAACAGAAAAGUCACGUUAAUGAGAAGCCGGAAAACAUUUAUAAACGACUAUUGAUGAAGGUCGAUAAGAUUUCUGAAGGCUUGGAUGAACACUCACGUUUACUUAAGGAGCUUGAGGCUGAGAUAAAAGAAAAUAACAAAACUUCCUCACUUGAUGAAUUUGCAGCAGUUUCUUGUUUCUCUAAAGAAUAUCUGGGCCUGCAAGUAGAAAACCUGCAAGAGAAGUGA